AUGGACGCAGUCCUCGACCCGUUCGACGAGCUGGCCGAGUUGGACGCCCACUUCGAUUACACCGAAUCCGAGCAGUACGCUACCGCCCCGCCCGAGACGCUGUCCUCGGUAGGGGGCGAUGAGACGGCGCAGACCGUCGACUACCCAGUGGGGCAGAUCGAGGGUGCAGUGCACGACAAGCUGCUCUCGCUGGGAGCCUUCGUUACUAUGCUGACAUACCCUUGGAUCAUCUUGGCCGAUUGGAAUAUGACACCCGAGCAGCUUGCAGCGACAGAGUGGCUGGCCAAAUGGAAUGCUACCAUCGUGCGAGCACCUGGAUCUGCCACCUGCGACAAGGGCCAGGGGCUCACGCUUGAUUUCGCACUGGUCAAGACUGGCAUCGAGCACAUCAAUUCCAUCCGCCAGUGCCCCACCGUACCGUGGGCCACCCACGUUGGCCUCGAAGUUCGAGCAGGCAGUGCAGACCCCUGGUGGUAUCAGUCGAUCGACACCCCCAAGGCCUUCCCCGCAGUGGACAGACGUUGCAAGCAGCCGCACGCGCACUUCGUGUAUCGACACUGGGAGCACGACGCCGACCUCCUCAACCUCAAGUACGCCAAAUGGGUCACGGCGCUCGAGAACACUAUGAUCAGCCACCACCAGAUCGACCCGAAGGAAACCGCAGCAUACACUGGCCGAGCUCAGGGUUACCAGCUAUCUUGGAAGAAGACAGCGGCUGCUCCAGGCCGUGUACACGUACAUGACCCACAUUCGGAAUGGUGGGCCAUUGCGCUCACCCUCAUCAAGCGCUACGCCGCGCUCUACGACAAGCCUAAGCAUACAGCGCUUAUGCAGCAGCAGGCCACCAUCAUCCAGCAGCGCGCGGACCACUUCAACAGCCACAUGCACGACCUACAGUUCGAGAAGGACGAGGACACCAUCUUCCGCUGGUUCGCGCUCGUCUGGGCCCCGCACCUGGACAAGGAUGACACCGACGACUUGGUCACUAUAACCGCUACCUGGGCCUCCAGAGCCCUCUCGGCCGCCCUCGCCAAGUCCAAGAGGGCCUACGGGGCUUGGCUCGCCCAGCAAUGGAAGCGCCGCCCUGGAGUACUACACGCCCAUGUUAAGCCAGCACCUGUUCGUCACAUCGAGGCCUACACGGCCAACCUGACCAUCGCCGACCCCACCGUCAUCAUGGACAACAAGAAGCAACAAUGGCAGCAAGUAUGGCAUGCCACCGAGACCUCCGACGACAUCCUCCAGGCCCUGACAAAG